AUGAGAAGUAAAUCCACCAAUGAGCUGACCUCACAAUUGGAUCUCGUCAAGAAUAUGGUUCGAAUUAAGGAAAAGAAAGGAGGACGAGUGAGUGUGAGUUUCAACUUUGAUGAUGACCAACCCUCUCCGACUUUACAAAAACUUUACAAAAAACAAGACAAGACAUUUAAUUUAACAAACAUUUAUUCCCCUCCACAAGAUGAGGAAGACAAUGAAGAAGACAAUGGUGAAAUCCAUCAUGAAUCUUCUGAGGAUCUUGUACAAGUUCUCGAAUCCAUUUGCAUUGGUGAAGAAAUCUUGGAUGCUCAUCAUGAUACCAAUUCUGGUCGUCAUCGAAACACCACAACAACAAAUUCAACAACAAGUUGUUGUUAUUAUUCGAAUCCAUACGACGAAGAUGAAGACGAGGAUUCUUCCUCAGACGAUGAAGAAGGUCAUUCUCUUGAAUGGAAUGAAUCAAGUUCUCAUCAACGUCGAAAACACAUGACCUUAACUCCAACAAGAACCACAAAACGAAAAUAUGCCUAUUAUUGUUGA